AACACAUGUCCGUCCACAAACGGUGUCCUUGUCUUUGGAGAUAAAUGUGACUUCAUGUGUCAUUGUGAAAAUAAUGAACAAUGUGACAACACUUCCGGUGAAUGCUCGUCUGGCUGUGCUAAAGGCUGGUUUGGACCCGGAUGUCAGUACAGGGAUAUAGCUGUGGAGGGUGCCAGUGAUUCAUACUCUGCAACUGACGGCGAUCCAACAACUUGUUAUGAGACCCAAGCAAUGGACAAACCGGUCUGGAAGAUUAAGUUAAAUGCAAUUGAGACAAUAACAGAGAUAUAUAUUAUAACAAAAGCCGAUAAACUGCAAUAUUUCAUGAAUUUCGAAGUUCUUGUACGAAACACAACCACAAAAAAAAAGGAAUUAUGUUACAGACAUACCAAUAUAGCUCCCAAAAGCGAAAAAUUUUCUGUGCUGUGUGACAAUCGCAUAGUUGGAAACCAAGUAAAGAUUAAGUUGACAAGAUCGCAAACACAGCUUAUCAUAUGCGACAUUAAAAUUAAUGGGGGUAGAAAUUUAGCGUUCAAAGGUGAAGUAUCACAAGUGUCGGAACAUAAAGACUGUAAACGUACAUGUACUGCUGAGAAAGCUGUUGAUGGACAUAACAAUAGCCUCGCUUGGCGUGAAUGUAGUUAUACACCUGAUGAACACAAUCCUUGGUGGGAAGUAGAUCUUGGUAUUGACGCUCUAAUUCGUAGCAUUCAAGUUGUGACAUAUAAAGAUAACAAGCACAAUUAUGACAUUGAAAUAAAAAACAGUGAAAAUGUUAGUUAUUUUAUUCGUGGUGUUCGUAUAGCGCAGACAAGUGUGAACAUAAGUGUUAAUGCUAUUGGCAGGUUUGUAAAAAUGACGAAGGAAUGGGGACGAAUAGGAAUAUGCGAAAUUUAUGUUUAUGGAGAUUGCCAAGAGGAUACGUGCGGCUACGAUUGCCAGAAAUCUUGUCACUGUCGAGAUGCAACUAUUUGGGACAAAAUAUCAACAAAUUGUUCCAGUGGAUGCAAAGACAGGUGGAAAGGUUUUCAGUGUAACAUAGAUACAACCACUGAUUGUGAAAGUGGGAGAUAUGGAGAAAAAUGCCCGACACAGUGUAGUAAAAACUGCAGAGGUAAUCAGCAUGGCUUUUGUAGAAGUUCAGACGGAAGAUGUUUCGGUGGUUGUAAUGCUGGAUGGAAAGGAAAUAAAUGUGAUCAAGAGUGUUUUGCUGGUGAAUAUGGAAUAAACUGCAAAGAAAGUUGUAGCGACUACUGCAAAGGCGGAGUGGCAAAGUGUGAUCGCACUUAUGGAUAUUGCUUAUCAGGAUGUAUACCGGGAUGGAAUGGAUCACGUUGUGACAAAGCUUGCGAUGAAGGUUAUUAUGGUCAGAACUGUUCUACGAAAUGCAGUGACUAUUGUCACGGCGGGAAAGCAUACUGUAACAAGGUUGAUGGAAACUGCAAACAUGGAUGCAUGGAUGGAUGGAAAGGACCUUUGUGUGACCAAGCAUGCUCCAGUGGAAGGUAUGGAUACAGUUGUGGGUACAAAUGUAGCCAACAAUGUGAUAAACAGGAAUGUAACAAUAUUGAUGGGCGCUGUACAAGCGGCUGCAUACCAGGAUGGACAGGAGAGAAAUGUGGGAAAAGUGUGUACUCAUUCAAUCUUAAAUACUUUAUAGCAACUGUCUGA